AUGACAAUUGGGUCGGACGUGAAAAAAGCCUUCAGAAGCAGCAAAUGUUUUAGGUCAUUUGACGAUGCACACACACAACAACUAAAUGAUGGUAACGACAAGAAAGCUCGACACAUAUUAGGCUUGGACACAGCAUAUGUGGCCAGCCGUAACCACAGUGUUGCGAGUUCCACAUCCACCAGUAAGCCACGAGUUGUCACUUUCUCGGACGCAACCACUGCAGCAGUUUCAAUUGGAAGUGUCACGGACUUGAGCGAGGGAGAUGCGUCCAAAGGCAGUAGCGAGGAUUCCCCCGUGUUACUGAAACAAAAUUGUAAGGCCGACUUGAGUCAGCUCAAAGCCUCAACUCCAAACUUGUCCUACUAUGACAAAAGCCGUGCUCCGCUCAGUGUAUCGCAGCAGACGUCUGAUUCUUCAAGUCGUGACUUUGGGCUAAGAAAAGACGCAACGCCAGUCAUUAGUGUGCCCAGUCAGCAGGUGGAGCAUCACAAACAGCUACGCUCUCUGACAACAUCCUCGAGCAAAAUGGGGCCCGACAAUGACAAAAGACUAUCCUACUCCGUACAGCCAGAUGUGACGACGUCCUCUCGAUUUUCCAUUAUUUCAGUGACUCCAGGCACCGCCGACUCCGUAGCACCCUCUCCGGCCAUAUCUCGUAUCUCGACCACAAGAGGCUCACUGCUAGAUACUCCCAAGUCUAUGAUGUCCAAGAAACGUUCGCAGAAAGCGCAACAGCCAUCCUCACAAGCGACAUCAUUAACGGAGCCCACGAGAGCUAAAAUUAACGUCAGACGACCUAAGGUCGGUACUAAGAAUUGGUUCGACAAUCUUGAAAGUGACUCGAGUGAAGAUGAGGACGACUCCUCAGAACCCCAAUUGUACAGUGACCUCGCUUUAGAAGUUAAGACAGCUUCUGUAGCUGGUCGUGCAGACAAACAUCCACCACGCUGCUCUUCGAAGAGACUUGCUGUGGUGCCAGAAGCCACCGCUGAACUGCAAGCGGCACAUGACACCUACACCAACAGCGAGCAGGUACAGCAAGACAGUAGGAAUACCAACAAGCCAAACCUAACGAAGAAUACCAACAAAACAGAGACCAGCCUUUUUGCCAAAGUUGACCUCACUGUCCAGAGUGUGCUGAGUUUAAGCUCUUCUGAUGAUGAGGAAGACGACAACGCCGCCGUGCCUGCAAAGCAUCAAGAGCUUGCGAGGAAAGAGAUCAGGGCGUCGUUGAUGAGCACUGGUUGGGAAAGUACAGACGUAGAAUACGGCCAAGCACUCGCGGUUAAUACGAAGAAAGCCAAUGAGAUUCUCCAGGAGCGUUCGAGAAGACAAGUCACAAAGCCAGCGAUUCCAAAUCGUGCCGCCAGCAGGUUUUUGACCUACCUGGAUGACAAAUCGACGGAAACAUUGACUCGAAACAAGGAUAUCAUCACGUCGUUUCCGUCAACACCCACUGAAGCUAGUCCAAGGCUAGGGUCUGCUCCUGCCGCUCGGACUGCAUCGGGCAGAGAAUCUGUGGUCUCGGAUAACGAGAGUGUUGUAAGUACGAAACUCAUGACUGUUACGCGACAGGAAGAGAACUUGAUCGCAGCCAUGAGACUGAGGAGAAUUGCCAUGAAAAGAGCACAAGCAGCAGCUCAUCGCGCAGGAGCAUUGAGAGUGCUUGACGCAAACAAUGCUCGAAGCGAACAAGAGGUGGUCUCGAGCAACGCACGUGCAGAAUUUUCAAGUGAUCAGGUGGCCGUCACUGCAGCUCGCAGGAUGUCUUACCUGCCGCCAGCGGAAUUGCGCAAGGCUCGAAGAGACGAGUCAAAAAGCAACUCAGUAACGACAAUUCAGACAGAAUCCACCAGGCAGCCAAGCGCCAGGAGCUCGGUUGUAACAUAUCUCAGCGAAGGAUCGGAAGAUUUGCAGCUCCCGUACUCGAGCCUGGAUAGAUUGUCAUUAGGCUCGUCAGUGGUCUCGCCAAAGCACCGAGCGAAGGCAGAGCUACGGCGAGGGACGAGGGAUACCUUUCUAUCCGAAACGACAACAGACUCUGCCUUGUCUCAUGUAGCCUCACCUCAAGAGCAGUCACCAAAAAGCAAUGGUCAAAACAGACACGUGAUGACACUAGACCCACUGGAGCGGCAGCUGCUGAGAGACGAGAUACCUUCACAGCUCUUCCUAGAGAGUCCCUUCCUCGGAUGGGAGGCAAGGGCGAAUAUCCAAGUGACUCAUUAA